AAGUAUACCCCCAUGGGUAAAACCCCAAAUAUUGGACUGCCUGUUAUUAAUUCUGAUAAUGAACGAGAUGACGCGAAUAACGAUCCAAGUUCUAAUACUACGUUGAACAUGCAAAAUAAUGACCAGCAAAAUGAAUUGGAUCAAUAUGAAAAUCGUUCAGAUAUUUUUAACAGUGUAGCUGGUUCGUCGUAUAUUCAGCUUCAUACUUCUAUUACAAAAAGGGGGGCAACGAUCAAUCUGCAGAACACUGAUCAACAUUGUUUUAAAUGGGCCAUUCUGGCUAAGCAUGUGACAGGUCCAAAUAAACAUCGAGUAGGAGAUAAUUAUUACCGACAUGAGAAUAAAUAUAAUUUCACAGGCUUAUCAUUCCCAACACCGUGGAGCGAAGUUAAAAUAUUCGAAAAAAAUAAUCCGACAGUCUCUAUAAAUAUUUACGGAAACAAAAAAAUAUCUCAUCCGUCUUCAAAAUAUCAGAGUCAUCACAUUUUUCCAUUAAAAGUCGUAGAAAAUGAAAAAGCCGAUCAUUUCGAUUUAAUUUUAUACACCGAAGGUGAAAAAAGCCACUAUGUAUAUAUAUCAAAUUUUUCACGAUUAAUUCGUUCGCAAAUAACUAAACACGGGCAUUCAAAAUAUUUUUGUAAACGAUGCUUCACGUCAUUCGAUGAUCAAACGUUAAAAUAUAAACUGAGCGGGCGGCCAGCACUUGAGCAGCAUAAAUUAAUUUGUGGAGCACAUAAGCCGAUUCUACCCAGAAUCCUGAUGUUGGCGCAACACUUGAAUUUGAAAACUGGCAACAUGCUCAACGACAUCCGUUUACUAUUUACGCCGAUUUUGAAGCGCUGCUAGUGAAGACUAAUGAGAAAAGAGGUAAACAUACGACUGUAAUACAUAACCACAAACCUAUGAGUUAUGGGUUUUUAGUCAAGGCGUCCGAAGACGUCCCGUUAGAGCUCAUUGAGCGAUUUAAUAUACCAAACGCACCGGUGAUUUAUCGCGGAAGUAAUAAUCGAGAGGAUGUUGCCAGACAUUUUCUUGAAAAUAUCGUUGACGUGGGUCAUAAAAUCGAGGAAUUGUUAAAGACAAAUACCCCUAUAGUUAUGAGUGACGAAGAUACACAAAAACAUAAUUCUAAUAAAAAUUGUAAUUUAUGUAAACGUAGUUUUGAUACAAUUGAGAAAGUUCGCGAUCAUUGUCACCUGACUGGAAGAUUUAGGCAAUCUUUAUGUUCUCUAUGUAAUUUAAAAUUAAAACAGCCUAAAUUUGUCCCAUGUUUUUUCCAUAACCUAACUAAUUAUGACGCUCAUUUUAUUGUAACUGAGUUAGGAUAUGACGCGAAUAGUAUCAAGGUUAUAGCAAAUAGCGAAGAGAAAUUUAUAUCAUUUUCGAAAUAUAUAAGUAGGUCGUUUACAAUACGGUUCGUAGACACGUGUAGGUUUAUGCCGUCGAAGUUGAGUAGUCUCGCUAAAAACCUUUUAACUAAGGAUUUUUCAAAAUUCCGCGAGACUGCGAAAUAUUUUGAUGAUGCUGAUAUGCCUUUUGUCACCCGCAAGGGUGUAUAUCCAUACGAGUAUACGGAUGGCUGGGAUAAGUUGGACGAGCCGAGUCUACCACUGAAAGACGAAUUUUAUAGCACGCUUAAGGAGAAGGCCGUUAAGGAUACGCAUUAUGAUCACGCUAUGGAGGUAUGGAGACACUUCGGAUGUCAAACGCUUGGUGAUUAUUCCGAUCUGUACUUGAAAGUGGAUGUGCUGUUGCUCGCGGACGUUUUUGAAAAUUUCCGCGAUCUAUGCAUGAAAACGUACAAUUUAGACCCAGCUUUUUAUUAUACAGCGCCAGGUUUCAGCUUCGAUUCCAUGUUGAAAUAUACAUCGAUAAAAUUAGGACUGCUAACCGAUUAUGACAUGCUACUAUAUAUAGGAAAAGGUAUACGUGGUGGAUUGGUACAGGCUAGCAUGCGGUAUGCUAAAGCCAAUAAACCCAAGGUACCUGAUUAUGACGAGGCGAAGGAGAAAUCAUGGCUUAUAUAUCAAGAUUGUAACAACCUUUACGGAUGGGCUAUGAGCCAGUACAUGCCCUCUGGAGGUUUUAAGUGGGUCGAAGCCAAGCUAGAUGGACUUAACAACUUGGAUGAGACCUCCCCUAUAGGGCGGAUGUAUGAGGUUGACGUAUCGUACCCGGUAGAUCUGCACGAUAAACAUAAUGAUCUACCAUUUUUACCCGAAAACGGAAUACCUGAAGGUUCAAAAGUAAAAAAACUUAUGGCGACUUUUGAGUCAAAGAAAAAUUAUGUCGUGCAUUACCGUAGUCUCCAACAAGCUAUUAAAAACGGGUUGAUAGUUGAUAAAGUGCAUAGAGUCCUUCAAUUCAACCAAUCAUCCUGGCUUGCAGAAUUUAUUAAUUUGAAUACCGAGAUGAGGAAAAAAGCUUUGAAUGAUUUUGAGAAAGACUUCUUCAAGCUUAUGAAUAAUAGUAUUUUUGGUAAGACUAUGGAACAAGUUAGGCGGAGGAUACAUAUGGAGCUUGUCUCAAAUGAUGCUAGAGUACAAAAACUGAUCAACUUGACCACAUUUAAAUAUGCAACAUCAUAUAAUGAAAACUUGAGUGCAAUAACAUUGGAGAAAAAAAUUAUAAAAUUUGAUAAACGUAUUUAUGUUGGUCUAGCAGUGUUGGAUAUAUCAAAGACAAUGAUGUAUGAUUAUCAUUAUAGUGUAAUGCAGAAGUACUAUGGUGAUAAUAUCAAGCUUAUGUAUACUGACACGGAUUCAUUAGUAUAUUUUAUUCAAACCGAUGAUUUCUACGACGAUCUUGUAAAGAACACCCACUUGCUUGACCGUAUGGAUACUGCUAACUUACCACGAGACCAUCCGUGCUAUAUUGCAGAGAGAAAAAAGGUUCCGGGUCUGUUUUCGGAUGAGUUGGAUGGCCGUAUUAUGACAGCGUUUUGCGCGCUCCGUGCUAAAUCUUACGCGUAUAAAAUCCUAGGAGUGGAUGGUAUUGAUGUGAUGGAAAAUAUUCGUGCAAAAGGCAUUAGGGGCCACGUGGUUAAGAAUCAUAUGACAUUUGAGGGCCAUCGGCGAUGCUUGUUUGAAGGUAUUGGGGUGGAUGACGAUAAUAGACAGCUGAACAUGUGUAUACGUUCGUUAAACGUUCGCAACCACCAAUUGACGACAGUCAAAUCCAACAAAAUAACAUACAAUAAUUAUGAUGAUAAGAGGAUAGUACUAGAAGACAAAAUCCAUACACUAGCUCAUGGUUACUAUAGAAUAGAAGAUGCAGAGUUGGCUGAAAUGAUGGCUGAUAGCGAAUACUAGGCCAUGUUUAUAUUUGUAAAUACAUUGUAUAAAAACCAUGUUCACCUUAGAUUAAAUUUGUAUGUUAUACUGUAUAUUUGUAAAUACUUUAUAAAUGUAGUUAUUAAAGUUAGAAUAAUCUAAAGUUUGUAAAUAUUCAUGUAAAUAUAUAAGCUUUUAAUAUUUAUUUUAUAAUGUGUAAAUAGGUCUAUAAUUGUUAGAUUUUUAAUUCAGCUCAUAAAUAUAAAAAAUGAAAAUAAACAUACCAUGCACAUUUUUCAAAUGUCUAUUGAGAUUGGAUUUGUACGUGAAUAUCGACGGGCAGACGGUACACGGAAAACGAACACCAUCGUGAUUUUUUUGGUGAGCAAUCAAAUUACCUUUACGCGCGAACACCGAUGGACACUGCUCGCAUUUAAACAUUUUUUUUAAAUUAUAAUAUUUUUUUUAAAUAAACGUGUACAACGAACUAA